AUGACAGAAUAUGCUGGGGAGGACGUGAAACGAGUGGAGCGCUCCUCCAUUGCUGAUUUCUUUCUCAAACCCAGCCUCAGUGCUUGGCCAAACUCAGUGGCUUCAGAGAACAGCACCGUGACACUGCGAUGUGUGAGUCCCACGCCGGGCAUAAUACUUGUUCUCAGAAAGGGAGAUAGCAUAUUGGAUUCUAGGCCUCCACAUCAUCUGACAGAGGGGACAGCUGAGUUCCGCCUGACUAACCUUCAGCUAAGGCAUGCUGGAUAUUAUACCUGUGAAUACCAUUUGAAGGAGUCCCUCAAGAAAAUCUCAUUUUCCAGUGAUGUCCUCUUACUAUUGGUCACAGGAUACCUGCCUAAGCCUUCCCUCCGUGUCCAGCACUUGCGUCAAGUUACCACAGGAGAGAAGGUGAAUCUACAGUGUUGGAAGCCACACAAUUUCACACAGUAUAAAAUGUUCGCUCUGCUAAAGGAGGGAACUUCAUCCCCCAUACAGCUUCUGAGUUCAGAAAACGACACAGUGGAAUUCACCCUUCAGAAUGUGACAGUUCAUGAUGCAGGAAGGUACAGUUGUGUGUACCUGCAGGCAGAAGCCCCUUUCAGGGCCUCGCAUCCAAGUGAUCAUCUUGAUAUCUCAGUGACAAUUUCCCUAAAGGCCUCAUCACAGUGUUACACCAAGAUUAAUGUCAUCAGGCUGGGAAUGUCUGCCUUGUUUGUGGUGCUUAUGGCAUUCUUCCUGGCUGAAGCCUGGUACAGGAAGAAGGUGUCACCAAGCAGACCCAGGUUAAAAAAAACCGAAAAUUUCCCUAUUUCAUGA